GUUUCAGUCGAGUUCAUGACCACGAGCGCGCACUAACUGUGGCUUUGCAGACUGUUGGAGUUUAUAAAGGGUUGUUAUAGGCUUCAAACUUCACAGCUUUACAAAUUAAACAUAUCAAUUACCUUAAAAUAAUGUCACAUAAGUUUUAGUGUUCUGAGGAUUUACGAAAAUGGUUCGCACGUUUGUUUUGUUCCUUUUGUUGUGUCUGGUUGGUGUGUUUGAUGUUGAGUCACAUGCAGUGUCAGUGAUGGUGGGACAUUCUGUCACUCUGGACUCUAAUAGCUCUGAAAUACAGCUGGAAAACUUGAUCGAGUGGAGGUUCGACGAAAUUCGCAUAGCUAUCGUAAUUAAGGGCAAUCCUACAUAUGAGGAUGAGAGAUUCGGAGACAGACUAAAACUGGACAGAAAUGGAUCUCUCACCAUCACAGACGCCAGAAUCACAGACACUGGAGUAUAUAAAUUAAGUAUUGUCGGUAAGGUGCAAACCAUGGAUUCAAACAAGAGAUUCAGUGUUACUGUUUAUGAUCCACUAUCCAUUCCUGUCAUUACCAGCAACAUUUCACAGUGUUCAUCAAGCCCAAAAUGUGUGCUGCUAUGUUCAGUGAGGAAUGUGACCAGGGUGACUGUCUCCUGGUACAAAGGGAACAGUUCAUUGUCCAGCAUCAGUGUGUCUGAUCUCGGCAUCAGUCUCUCUCUACCUCUAGAGGUGGAAUAUCAGGAUAACAACACAUACAGCUGUGUGGUGAGCAAUCCUCUCAGCAACCAGACCAAACACGUCUGCAUUACCGAUCUCUGUCGUUUGCAUUCAGUUUUCUCUUCAGAUGAGGUCCAUAACUGUGGAGGGACUGAAACUGUGAUCCGAUUGGCUGUCACUGCUCUGGUGGGCCUGGCUGCUGUAGCUGCUUUUAUUGUGUUGGUUUAUGACAUCAAAUCAAGAAGAAGUGAGCAGGAGAGAUACGAGAGCCACAAUGAUGGAGCUGAUAUUCUAAAACAACAAUAAACAGUCUGCAUUUUGAA